AUGAUCCAAGGGGUGCAUUUCGGCGAAGAUAUCAGACGGUUAAAAAAGGAGAAAACUACAGCCAAUGGGAAAUUACAACAUUUAAACCCGUUUCUCGAUAAGGAUGAUAUACUCCGAGUCGGAGGUCGACUCAAACACUCCACAAUGCCAUUUGCACAAAAACACCCAAUUAUACUACCAAAAUCAUUCGUCACAGCUCUCAUAAUUGAAAACGAACAUCGCAUGCAUCUCCACUCCGGCACACAGACUACGUUAUACGCCGUGCGACAGCGUUAUUGGCCAAUCGAUGGUCGCAGUCAAGUUUGGCAGAUAAUUAAGAAAUGCGUUCGAUGUUGUCGAGCUCACCCACCACCGAUCAACUACAUUAUGGGUAAUCUACCCGAAGCAAGGAUCACCGAAUCGCGACCUUUCACUAACGUAGGAGUCGAUUAUUGCGGGCCGUUCCUAAUCAAAGAACGCAAACAUCGGAAUCGGACGAAUGUGAAGGUGUACGUGGCCAUCUUUAUCUGCCUUGCCGUGAAAGCGGUUCAUAUCGAGCUCGUCAGCGACCUCACGAGUGAAGCGUUCAUCGCUGCAUUACGACGAUUCAUUGCUCGCCGGGGUUAUUGUAUGAAUAUACAUUCAGACAACGGCACGAAUUUUGUUGGAGCUUCCAACGAGUUGCGCGAAUUACGGAACCUGUUGCAAAGCGACGAUCACCGCGACAAGGUAAAAUCUUUUUGCAUCGAGAAACAGAUAGAGUGGCAUUUCAUUCCCCCACACGCACCACAUUUCGGAGGUCUGUGGGAAGCGGCCGUAAAAUCUUUUAAAUAUAACCUCAAACGCGUCGCAGGUGCUGGUAUAUUCACAUACGAAAAUUUCAACACGCUAAUCAUUGAAAUAGAAUCGAUUCUGAACUCCCGACCCCUCACUCCUCUCUCAUCCGAUCCCAACGAUUUACAAGUCCUAACGCCUGGUCAUUUCCUAAUUGGCGACGCGCUAACGAGUCUUCGAGAAAGAGAUUUCAGGGAUACGCCAUCAAACCGUUUGUCCAGUUGGCAACACGUCCAAAAACUCAAACAGAACUUCUGGACCCGAUGGUAUCGGGAAUACCUGAAUGAACUGACCCGGCGCAAUAAAUGGAGCAAGGGGAGUCACCAAGUCCGAGACGGCACCGUGGUCCUUCUUAGAGAGGAUAAUGUGCCAUCCAUGCAGUGGCCACUAGGACGCGUAAUCAAGGUCCACCCCGGUAGCGACGGCAUUGUCCGUGCGGUGACAGUCAAAACCGCCACGACUAUCUUGGAUCGCAGCAUCAAGCGUCUCGUCCCGUUGCCCAACCAAUCCAGCCAGGACGAACCCACACAACCAGUACUCGAGGGAGAAGAUCACUAGUACACUACAAUACUAACUAAAUCAGAACACUCUACACAGAUUUACAUUCAUACAUACACGUAACAUAUCAUUUUGAUCGGUCCCCUCUCAACGGGGGGAGGAUGUUCCAUAGCACACGGAAUCUUGCUAUGUUCUAUAUUACUCAUCGGUGAGGUCCGUUAGAAACGGUGCCGGGGGCAACCGUUUCGGGCCGGGUGCAAAAUCGAUCGAUUGCACGUGUCGCGGAAUAUUCUCGGUCCUCGAAGGCCCGAGAAUGUUCCGCGGCGCGCGCCUCGAACUUUUGCACCCGGCGCGAAGAAAAUCCAAAAGACGAUCGGGACCAGGGGUAUAUAGCCAGGGUCCCGAUCGCCGGGCGGUACUUGAUUUCUGACCAGUAUACCACGCACUCGGUAUCGUAACACAAAACGCGAAACAAUAUUCACGAACACAAUUUAAUUAUUAUACAAAAAUAUAUAGUUUUUCCUGCACACGUUGUCCAGAUUAUUUCAAACCCAAUUAAUCCCAACGGACUUAACAGGACGUAGGGAUCUUAAACGUACAUUCUUCCGGGUGUCGAAAAUAUUCGUGACGAGGACUUACGACCCUCGUCGACGCGUCACACAGCAAACGCGUCUCAUCCGCGGAGUGUACGAACAGCGCCGAAUGCAUCAAUACGAAGCAACUCUUGGAAUAAAAUUAGUCAUGAACGUAAAAAUUACGAAUCUCGUGAUCGAAGAACAAAAUUCUAAAAGCAAUAGUAUGCAUUACAAUUUGAGAUUUUAUUUUGGUACCAAACACGCCAAAGUGGAUUUUAUUUUAUUAUAUAUUAGUACGGGGCAAUAAAGUAGUAUUGCUUGGCAAGUUCGAUUAAUUUUAUUCCGAGAAUCGUUUUGUGCUGGUAUUUUCGGCAGCGGAAGUCUGGGUAGCUUUUGCUAAUUUUGAAACGACCCCAAACUUACGGACAGCGACAUACUUCGACCUACAGAUAGUUAAACUUUAAGUGGACAUUCGCAAUUAAUUCUGGGACUGGUUCGAUCAAUAAUUCCUAGAGAAAACUAUGUUCGUUGCCGCGCAACACGCACGCUUCCUUUCCCCAAUCCUCCAGAAGCUUCUUCGUUCACGAAACAUCGAAGAGAGAGAUGCUGGCUUUGGUAUAAUCGGUAAUCUCUCCUAAAUAACACUCUGUAAAUGCUAAAUCGAUAAAAAAUACUAUUCUUCCUGUAUAUACAUGCGCACGUUAAAACGCCAGGAGCACGGUCGGACAUUGCUCUGGCUAAUCUCUGCGGGUCAAAAUUGAAGAGAAUGACAAGAGCUACCGUUCGUUUGGUCUAUUCAAUUGACUUUUCGUUCGUUAUCGCAAGAAAGAAAAAAAAAGAAUGUGGCGAUCGACGGCCACGAGGUUCCUAAAAUGAAUCCAAGCGAGCUGUUGGCUCGCGUUGGACGAGGGUGUCCUUAAAAAUAAUACUUUGUCAAACUAGGUCCCUUCAGUUUUGACCCAACAAAUCAUUCCCCUCGAGACGUACAAUUACGUUAAUUGUAAAUUACACUCGUCGACACGCAAAAGUUGCUCUAAUUAACACGCUCGCUGUCGCUGCAGUGUCCUUGCAAAAUUACCAUCAAUUUCGAUGAAAUAACGAUUAAUUGACAGCGGACGCCUUAACGCUUCAAUCGUGCUAAUACAACAAAUAUAGAGUGUUCCUGAGCUGCAAACCAGUGACUCAUGAAACGCGGUUAAUAAAAAAAAAAAAAAAUAAACAAAGAAAUAAGUAUAUUCAACGGUACAUUGUAUUUCGGUUUAAUGUCAGCGCUGUACGAAAAGAAAAUUUCUUCCAACUUCUUUUGCCAAGAAAAUAACACCGUCAAGUCUUAAAUACAUAGUAAAGAAAGAGUUAAAACAAAAAUUCAAUCGGUAGUUGUAUAAUAUUCAGUCUAUAAUCGACUUGGAACUUUCACGGAUCUUUCCUGUUCUCAGCCAAACGAACAUAAACGAUCACACUAAAAAUCAGUGAACAUUUUCCAAUCACUUAACCGCGAGUCGUCGGGUCAGUUUGAUCUGCCGCUUGGAGUCUACUUUAAUAUUUCACGUUUGUUUCUAAAGGCAUUGUUUAUACAUUAAAUCACGUACUCCUGGAAUGAUCCCUUUCUCUCAAUUGCGCCUUGAAUUGAUCGGUAAAUUCUGCUUCGAUUCGUUUCAUGCCGUCUCUCGAUUAGAGAAUUACUAUUACACCGACGAACACUGAACGUAAAUCGUAAACGAUCCAGAGAAACUCAUGCGGAACUGAUGCUCCUUAUA